AUGGCACCAGGAGAUGAAGACAGUACAGCAAUCAAAGAAGCCAAAGAAGCCAUUGCACGGGACCUGGAAAAAAGACUCUUCAGGGAUCUUGCCACAGAAAUCCUGGAGCAUGAACCACAGAGUCAAGCAGACACAAGGCCAUCCACAGAGGGACAAGAUCCAUCUUCCCCCCCUCUAAAGAAGAAGACAGCCAUGGCACAGCUAUUUGGAGAGGUUUUCAAAACACAGGAACAGGUCAGGCCCCUACCCCAAAUAGUUGAGGAUGAAGUCGCUUCAUACAGUUUCAAAUCCAUGGAUCUUGCGAUGGAUGCUGUUAUAGUGGAUGAGGAACAAGCAAACAACUUACUCAACAGUGUAAUUGAACUAGAUGUAAAUGGUUCAAAUCCAAUGGACAGUGAUUACGUGCCACCCAUCUGUGUACGAGCUGCUGGUGGUUUACAGAGUGCGAUUGAUGCUCUACCCAUCGUUGGGCUUGAUGAAUCUGUCGAUGACAUUCUUAACCGCAAUGACGAAACAGAUGAAGACCCUGACAACCCUGAGUCAGAUGAGGAGAAAGACAACGAUGUGCCCUCCUUCCCCGGUCCAGAGAAGGUCUCCGUUGAAGAUGACCUAGUUGACCAGCCUGCAUGCAUCGCUUUCAACAGCAGCUUGGCAUGUAUGGUCAAUUUCCUCCAGCUACUCAUCAAAAAAUGUUACUAUAGGGAAGACCAGAUGGGUACAGAAUGUGAUGCCACUCCACCGUUUCAGGUCAAAUUCUUGAAAAGGGGAAGUGCUACCAUUAUCGAGUGGGUGAGUUGA